AUGUCUACUACAACAACGACUACAACUAGCACAUCUACGACGGAUACACCAACAAAAACCACCAGGACAAAGAAGUCUGCCAAGGCAGCCAAAGCCAACCCUCAUGAAGAGCAGGUACUCUUCUGGGCGAUGCACUAUUUAUACAAGAAGGGACGUCCACUUAACAUCUACAAUGGCUUCUGUGAGGAGGUGGUCAACAACUCAAAGAAUGAAUACCGUCAACAAAUAGAGUUGUUGAACUCAUUGAACAUCUUGACACAGCAGUAUACCAACCUUGAGGAUCUCUCAUCCAUCAAGCUCAGGUUUGCCCUUGCCAUGACUGUGCCAUUUGUCAGGACCAUUGGAGACUCUGCAGCACUCAAGUCAUUCAUCAAGCAUGUAAUGAUAUGGUUACACAUUCAAAUGCCCGAUGAUCAGUUUGACAAUGACGAGGAUAUCAAGGCCAUUGAGAAUGAGACAUUUGGUGAUAAGAAUGUUGUGUCAAAGUAUUCAGAGAUACUGGAUGAGGUCAGGAAAGAGAUGAGAGUUAAGGAUCAGUUGUUGAAGGAGUCAUACCCAGUGGAGAACUUCUCAACUCUUGCCAAGACCAUCCAGGUGGAGAUCGACUCACUCAUGCCAGCGCCCAUACUCUAUAGAAUUGCCGCUCGUACAAAGUCCUUGCCAAAGUUGAUGCCAUUCGAUAUGCCAUAUCAAAGCGAUGAACCUCUACAGUUUGAAGUUGCAUCUGAUCCCGAGGACAUGAUCCCAAGCAAUGAGGAGCAAGCCAACCGUGAAGACUCUGAAGGCGAUGAUUCAUCUAAUGAGCAGAAGAGCAAGAAGAGAAAACACCUUGCACUGGACAAACAUGCCAAGAUGCUAGCGACACUGCCAGUUGCAUCAAAGAAGGCCAAGAGGAACGUGAAGAUGUGGACCGACAAGGAGGUCAACAAGUUGAUGAAGGGUCUGCAGGUGUAUGGCGUUGGCAACUGGGCACAGAUCAGAGAUCGUUUCUUUAUCGACAAGCAUGGCGAAAUCACUCGCACCAGCGGUCAGCUCAAGGACAAGCACAGGAACAUGCAAUCUGGUCUGAAGAAGAAGAUGGGCGAUGCUCGACAUGACUAUGUGAAUGGCGAGACGGCUGCCCCUGAAUCACCAGAGUCGUCAAAGCCAGACACCAGCGUAGAUAUCUCAAUGGAUGAUAUUGUUUUGGACUUGGAGGAUUUCCAGGACCAGGACACGCAAGGCAAGGGCAAGGCGACAAAAGUAUUGGACGAGGAAGAUGAUGAGGGAGUCGUUAAUGAGAUUGAGGAGGUGCCCGAAGUGGAGGAAGAGCCCGAGGACGAGGAACAAGCCGAGGAGAUUGAUGAGGAGGAGGAGGAGCAAGAGGAAAAGAGACCAACCAAGAUCCAAAAGACAUCACCAAAGAUCUCGCCAAUGUCACAUCCAAAGCUAAAGAGCAAGGGAAAGAAUGUUGCCAACAAGGACACGACAUCAGACUCUGACAACAAGACACAAGUCAAUACCAAUGCCAAGGUCAAGGGCAAGGGCAAGGCACAUGAAUAG